GUUAUGAUUUUUGGGCCAAGUUUGAUUUUUUAAAAUUUCUUCCGUUCUGGAGUUUUUAUUGAAUUGUGUACGAAAAUGUCCGAAUUUCUGUUUAAAUCGCUAGUUGAGAACAAUUUCCGCGUCUGUCGCUUCUGCCUACAAUCAAAUGAGAAAGAGUUGUGUGAUAUUUAUGAAAACAUCUUUGGAAAAACAAAUCUCGUCAGUAUAAACACCACCGUGCGAAAUGUGCUAGCACUGCUUGAUAUUCAGGUCACUCAAAAUGACACAUACCCAAACUUCAUCUGUCGGCGGUGCCGAGAUUUACUGUUUUCUAUUCAGCAAUUUCGCGAAACAGUACAAAAGUCUGCCCAACACCUGGCCCAAGCAAAGCUGCUGAAGGAGUUUCCUAAUGUAAAGUUCGUUGAUUCUCUUGACUCUACCCAAGAACAGGAUAUGGUGAAAACUGAGUUGGAAUUGGAAGAGGAAUCUGUCUCUGCGGAACAAGUAGAAGAUGUAGAAAUAACUGUUGAGGAAAUACUGGUCGAAAACGAGAAGGACAGUGACCAAGAAACGGAAAUCAGUCGAUCUUUCCAAGAAGAACAAAACAAGGCAGCAAUUCAAUUAACGAUUGAAGCAUUAACGGACGAAAACGAGAAAGACACCGUUCAAGGAAUGGAAAACAAUCAAUCUGUUCAAGAUGAACAAAGCAUGGCAUCAGAUGAAAUUGUUAAAAACGAGUAUAUUCAAACGGAAUGGAUCGUUUAUGAACAAAUAGACAUACCACCCGAACAGGAAGAAUAUACGGAAACGCUCUAUCUGGAGGAUGAAUCUCAACAUGAAGAAGGGUCACCAAUUGAUUAUAAGUCUGCUGCAAUGUUCUUGGAUAUACAAAAAGAUGACGAACAGCACGCGCCGAAAGCAAAUAGUAAACGGCACUGUUCUGCUCCAAAAAUUUGUCCAAUAUGUGGUACGACAAGCACUGCUAUGGUAGUCCACAUGCGGACACACUCGAAAUUGCGACCAUUUGCAUGUCACAGCUGUAGUAAAAGUUUCUACACCAGCAAUAAGCUACGAUGUCACAUUCAAUCAGCGCACAUCAGCGAGCGAAGUUUUCAGUGCGAGAUCUGCGAGAAGGCUUUCAAGCUGAAGAAAACGCUAAAUGCUCACAUGAUGUCACAUCUGUCGGAAAAAUCCUACGCAUGUUCACUCUGCCAGAAAAGUUUUCUUUUCCGGUGGGCUCUGGCAAAACACCAAAGAACUCAUACCGGGGAGAAACCGUUCGUGUGCACCUUGGACGGCUGUGGUAAGAGCUUCGUUUCAUCUUCGAAUCUGCGACAGCAUCAGAAAACCAGCGCACAUCUCAGGCAGCCCCGGAAGGACGCUUGCGACGAGUGCGGGAAGCUGUUCCAAAGCAAGUAUGCUCUGAGAGCACAUCGAAAGGUGCACGAGCUGAAGGAAAUGAGACGGAAGCAGAUGGAGCUGGCAGUAGUAUAACUAGAAUCAUUAUGUAUUGUGUUCCGAUCAAUAAAUUCACAUUUUUUGUA